AUGAAAUCCCCCAAUUCUCUAGCUAAGGUUCGCGCACAAAAUGCCCGCGCUGCAAUACACUCCAGAGCACGUAAACACGAUUUCGUCCAAUCACUACUCGGCAAUCAAGAUAAACUUCAUGAUUUCGCCAGCGCACAAUAUUUGGAGUUCCAAAAUGCAUUGGCUCUCAUUAGGGCACUCCAUUCUACCCCGGAAAUUGCCAGCAUCCUCGCGCAGCAACAGCACUCCAGCAUACGGCGACAGCUUACAAAAUUUGCGUUUCAAUGUCCCGCACGAGUUCCUAGAAAGCUCAUCAGAAGACGUCAAAAGACUGGGAAAAAAGGCAGACCAGCAAUGGAAGCGAUGGAGCUUGAUGAAGGAGAAGAAUCGGGGCCUGUUGAAAUCUCGUUCAAUCCAUUGCCCGCUGUCCCACUACAGGCUAUACACCAACCACCUACUGCUUCUAGACAAUUUCAAUAUCCUCUGAGUCCUCAGCAUACAGUUCAUUCUAUCGAUUUGGCGGUCAAGCAAUUUUCACUCCCUCAAUCAGCUACUGCUGCUGACAACCUCGACAUCAUCAACAGGUGGUUCAUCCCGUUAUGCCGACUCUUCACCAAACUUUUAGCCCUCAUGCAGUCAUUGCUACCGGGAAACCUGAAAAUACCAACCAGGCACUCAAUUCUCGUGUGCUAACGAUCAACAAUUUAUUAAAUCUCCAAAUAGCUGCUGUCAACGAGCCAUCUCAGUGUCCUCGACAAGGACUUCAUCCUGCUAUGCCGGUUGUUGUCCCUUCUCCACGCCCUAGACCAACUGCUAUUGCCGAAAAGUCUAGAAGUCUCCAACAGAAAAGCCCUCAACAUGAAAAAUCCCAACAAGAAAUCUAUUCAACCGUUAGCCGAGUCCAAACCCCUCAACAACGUACUCCUCCUUUUCCAUUUUAA